AUGGAGCAGCAUCUUAAGCUCAAUGACACUAAUGGUGCUCUUCUUGUUAAUCCAGCCUCCUAUUGCCGCUUGGUUGGUCAUCUCAUCUACUUGACCAUAUCACGUCCAGAUAUUGCUUACACAGUGAAUCUUUUGAGCCAGUUUAUGCAUGCUCCUCGUGAGCCAUAUCAGCAAACCGCCUUAUGUUUACUUCGGUAUUUGAAGACCACUCCCGAUUAUGGCUUGUUUUUCUCUUCAGCCUACAGUUUCCAGUUAUCUGCCUAUUACAACUCUGAUUGGGCCAGUUUUCCUAUGACUCGACUGUCCACCACUGGCUUUGUUGUCAAACUUGGAGAUAGCCCUAUCUCUUGGCGUACAAAGAAGCAAUCCACUAUCUCUCGCUCUUCUGCUGAAGUUGAAUAUCGUGUCAUGGCCAACAUCUCUUGUUAG